AUUAUACGAUCAUGAAACAAAGACAAUUACAGACUAAUUAAUGGCAGGUAAACGGGCAACAAAAUUAUUGACCCGACCCGAAGACAGCCCAUGGCCACCCAGGCCCAAAUCACAAGGAGCAUCUGCGUACUUGACACACUCAUCUUUUGAUCAUGAGUCACUCUCCAACAGCGGGAAAGAUGAACGACGGCAUAGAAGAACUCACCACAAUCGCCACCGAACAACGCUGCAAGUUAAUGGCGGCAGGAGCCAUGGAGUCCGACCUGGAACUAGCGUACCGUCUCCAACUCGAAGAAGCAAUGGCUGCGUCUCUUGCAGUUCAACCUUCAUCAUUACAAUCUCCACAACCAACACCUACGAUCAUCAUUGACGACGACGUAAGCCACCAAACCCUAAAUCUUGAUAAAACUGAAACGGAAGUUAAAGACCACAUCAUCAUCGAAACCGAAACUAAUAAUCUGCAUGUGGAUCUCAACCGUCCAUACGGCGAGGGUUCUUCAUCUUCUUCAAAGAGCGAAGAUAAUGCAGAGGUAUUUAGGGUUUAUUUCAAGGGUUUGUUGAGCGAUGAGAACGUUCAUGGUUCUAGUUCUUUGAAUAAAGCAGUGACAAUGGCGGGUAUUGGUGUGGCGAUAUGCGAUUCGAAGGAUGAGAUGAUAUUUGAGAUGAAGAAGCCUCUGGAUUUAAUCAAAGGUGAUCGGGUGAGCACGCAGAGCGUGGAGGGGCACGCGUUGAUUGAGGCUUUGAAGGCUGCAACUGCUUUGGAACUCAAUAGAAUUGUGUUCUAUUGUGAUUAUUAUCCGCUGUAUCAAUUUGUUAGCGGGCGGUGGCAGCCAAAGCAAAAAAAGAUUAAAAACUUUUUGGAUCAAGUGAAUCUCCUUCGGAAAAGCUUUACAUACUGUGAGCAUUCCCUUAUUGCUCGUAAAGAUGUCAAGUUUGCGUUUAAGCUUGCAAGAGAAGCAAUAAAUUCCCAGAUAAGCAAGGUGGAAUCAACUCAAGAAAAGCUUGAAAAUUGUGUAAUAUGCUUAGAUGAUAAAUCUAUAGACCAAUUCUUUUCAAUUGAAGGCUGCACACACCGAUACUGCUAUUCUUGUGUGAAGCAACAUGUAGAGGUGAAACUGCUUAAUGGUGUGUUACCAAAAUGCCCUCAUGAAGGUUGCGGGAAUGAAUUAAGAAUUGAAAGCUGUGAGAAAUUCUUGAACCCGAAGUUUACUGAGAUGAUGAGACGACGGCUGAAAGAAGAUUCCAUUCCGGUGACAGAAAAAGUUUAUUGCCCUUAUCCUAAAUGCUCCACAUUGAUGUCAACAACUGAAGCUCUUGGAUCGAUUGAUGAAAUUGGAGCUAUAACAUGUUAUAAAUGCCACGGUAAUUUUUGCAUCGAUUGCAGGGUUCCAUGGCAUACAAAUAUGAACUGUGAAGAGUACAAAAGAAGGAACCCCGCGCCAAUUGUGGAAGAAUCAAAGCUUAAAAAUCUGGCAGCAAGGAAUUUGUGGCGGCAGUGCAUAAAAUGCAAACAUAUGAUAGAAUUAGCUGCUGGUUGCUAUCAUAUGACCUGCAGAUGUGGAUAUGAAUUUUGCUACACGUGUGGGGCAGAAUGGAAGAACAAGAAGGCAACAUGCACUUGUCCUAUAUGGGAUGAAGAAAACAUUGUGGAUGCUGAGGAAGAAGACGAUGAGGAUGAUGGUUUUAUUGGUUUUGAAGAUGAUGGUUUUAUUGGUUUUGAAGAUGAUGGUUUUCUUGGUUUUGAGGGUGAUGUUCCUGAGGAUGAUUAUUAUAAUGAUUUUGAGGAUGAUGGUUUUGAGCAUGAUGUUCCAGAGGAUGUGUAUGGUGAUUUUCAGCACGAUGAUGUUCCAGACGAUGUGUAUGGUGAUUUUGAGCACGAUGAUGUUCCAGAGGAUGUGUAUGGUGAUUUUCAGCAUGAUGAUGUUGGUUAUUCUUUUGAGCAUGAUGUUGUUGUUGAGGAUGAUGUUAUGCAUGAGGAUGAUGUUCUUGAGUGUGAUGUUGUUCCCGAGUAUGAUUAUUUUGAGCAUGAUGCUGUUCUUGAGGAUGAUGUUCUUGAGCAUGGUGUUGUUCCUGAGGAUGAUUAUUUUGAGCAUGAUGUUGUUAAGGAUGAUGUUCUUGAGCAUGGUGUUGUUCCUGGGGAUGAUGAUUUUGAGCAAGGUGUUGUUCCCGAUGAUGUGUAUGGUGAUUUUGAGUAUGAUGUUCCAGAGGAUGUGUAUGGUGAUUUUGAGCAUAAUGUUGUUCCAGAGGAUGUGUAUGGUGAUUUUCAGCACGAUGAUGUUCCAGACGAUGUGUAUGGUGUUUUUGAGCACAAUGUUGUUCCAGAGGACGUGUAUGGUGAUUUUCAGCACGAUGAUGUUCCAGACGAUGUGUAUUAUGAUUUUGAGCACGAUGUUCCAGAGGAUGUGUGUGGAGAUUUUGAGCACGAUGUUGUUGAGGACGAGCAUGAUGACUUUUGGUAAAUUGAAAGGUGGAUUUUUGAGGUGGUUUGUUUAUAAUUAUGUCAAACUAAGAACUCGUCAGUUUGAUUGGAAGUAAAUGAUACUUCUACCUAGUUUAA